AUGGAACUCAAUAUUUGCUUCUAUGCUGUUAAAGGCCGUGUCAUCAAUUACAAGCGCAAUUCUCUGCAGGAUGUGAUAGCGCCAACGACAAGCGGAAGCCAAGACAAGCAGCAGAAAGCGGAGGAGAAGAAGAAAGCGGAGAAACAGCAACAGGAGCAGCAACAAUUGGAGUUGGAUCAAGAUCUUGUGCAGGAUAAUGAUGGUGGCGACUCGCUGACCUCCUCGCUGGCCAUUGAGGGGUUUGUCCAAGGCGCAUCCGACGAUUAUACAGUUCAGUCUCAAAUGGCAGCUUAUGAAGUCGAUGAAGAUGCCCGUCUGCAGCAAAUUAUCGAGUCCGGGGACAUGGAACAGCUGGCGGAGAUUGUUCUCAACGGCGAGGGAGGACGUCUGCUCAAUUUGAAGUGCAAGGAGCCCGAAAUCCAAGCGUUUUUGAACAAUGUACCCAGCUAUAUGGAGAAAAUCCAUCGCGUGCAUGACGCGGCACGUGACGGCAGUUUGUUGGCAUUGCAGCAGGCUCUGGAUCGCCGGAAGUUUGCCAUUGCUAAGGACGACAUAUCGCCAAAUGGUGCAACACCGUUGCACGUUGCCGUUCUUUUUGGACACAGCGACAUUGUACGUUAUUUGGCUUCGCGCUUUCCGGAGACCAUGGCAAUUACGGAUAAUGACGGACGCACGGCGCUUCACUAUGCGGCCACAAUUAAGGACAAUGGUCACUUUUACAAUGUCCUCUCCCAGCUGGGCUCCAAUCCAAAGGCUCUGGACAAGCUGGGACAUACGCCUGAAUUCUAUGUGGAUAUUGAGAAAUCAAAGGAUGUACUCACCUACACGGAAUUGUUGAGCAUAUUUGGUGCCGAAGAAAUGGAAAAUCAGUUGCUCAGCGAUCAAGGUCAAUCGCAGCCCGUGAGUUUUCAGGCGAAUCCCAUUUUCAAAACGGAGCAAGGCAAAUAUCUGGCUGACUCUUUGGCCGAUCCUUUGAUCAAGGCGUUGACAGAGAUUGCCAACAAGCGUCCUAAGGAUCCAGUUGCCUAUCUUACCAGCUAUCUGCAGCAAUUCAUGGCCGAAAGGAAGCCCUUAACUGAGGUCGUUGUUCAUUCCGGCAGCAGCAAGGCCAGCAGCAAUUCCACAGCAUUGGCCAACUCAAAUCCCAAGCUUAACAGCAGUCGAAUGACUAACAAUCGUACAGAUAUCAUUGAGCUGGAUGCACGCUCGCUGGCCGAGCAGCAGCAGGAGGAUGACGAUGAGGACGCCGCUCUGGCCGUGCAGCAUUUGGAGGAGCGGGAUGAGCACGGACAGAGCAUGUUGCACUUUGCCUGCGCUCGUUCCCAUCGUCGAGGUGCUCUCUACACACUCGUCGAGGAGUCUCGCAUCGAUCUCACCUACAGGGAUGAAUUGUAUCGCACGGCCAGGGAUGUCGCACUCCAAGCAAAUCAGCCCAACAAUGCCGCCGAAAUCGAUCGCUUUCUGCUCGCCCAAGCAGUAUUGGGUGAUGUGGAAACCUUCGAUCAGUUGGCACUGCAGGGUUACGACCAUAUACUAGAUAUUGAGGAUGAAAGCGGCAAAACUAUUUUAGAUGUGGCCACUGAGCGGCAAAAUGAGGCCCUUGUUAGCUUUUUGAAUAGCCUGCGUACUUUAGAGGAGGCACGUGAGGAACUGCAUCAAAUGAUACGGGAUAAGAAUGUGGUGCGACUCAAGGAGCUGACGGCUGUGCCCAAUGCCAAGUGGUUAAUCAAAACCAAAAAUUAUUAUGGUCGCACCGCCCUGCACAUAGCUGUGCUGAAGGAAUCCGAGGAAAUGGUUCAACAUUUGGUUCAGCUCUGUCCUGAAUCUCUCAAAGUCACAGAUAAUUUGGAACGCUCUGUAUUGCAUUAUGCUUUGGGCACCAAUUUCUGUGAAACUGUCAGUCGAAUACUCAUACAAAACGGGGCCAAGCGCACGGCAAAGGAUCUCAAGGGUAGACAGCCGAGUUAUUACUUCAUCAAUAAGGCGGACAUACUGCGCCUACAGGAGGAGGAGGACGAAGCUCGCUAGGCACCUAAAUUAAGCAAUUUUUAUGUAUAAACAUCAUCUAGUUUUAAGCUGUUCUAGUUAAAUAAAAUUAAAACAUUUAGAA